GGUAGGCCAGCAGGUACUGGAAAAGUGGAUCCGGAAGGCCCAGAGCUUCCGAUGUCAGACCUGUUUACUACUACGGAUUCGCCGUAUUUUCUACGUUUUUAACAGUUAAAAUACGCUCUACGGUUUAUCAUUGAAAAACUACGGAUUUUGAUAUAUAAUCGGUCAUUUUCGUUUUUUAAAGCGUAUUUCCGUUCCUUGUCGCUAUGAUGGGUAUUUAGACAGUACCCGUGAUCAUUCGAACGCUUGCAUGAUAACAAAACAUUAGUUAACAAGCCUCUUGCGGACAGGAUUAGUUCUAGAGGCCCGGAUGUACACGUAAAGAUGGCAGAAAAACGCCGUCUGCUCGAUGAUGAAAAAGAAACGGUUGGAACUAAAAAAGCCAAAAACAAACUAACAAUCAAAAGUAUAAAGUUGCAUACAAAGAUUUAUGGAAAUGUCUACCAAAGGGGACACUUAUGUGCAUUGUUUAACUUGCAAUGUUGAUUUCAUGUGUGUACACGGAGGUCGCAACGACUGUAAGAGACACAUCGAGUCUGCGUCACACAAUCAAUGGUCGAAGAUAAAAAAAAAAUCAAACAAAGACAUUUCAAACAUGCUACAGACAUUCAGAUCGGAAAAAGACUUGAUAGUUACGAACGCAGAAGUGUUGAUGUGCGAGUUUAUUUCCGAAAUGAACUUGUCCCUAUCCACGGCAAAAAGGAUGACUGAAACGCUGAAAACAAUGUUCCCCGAUUCGGAAAUUGCCAAUGGCAUGAAGUGUGGUAGAAACAAGGCAACAGCCAUCAUUUGUGAUCUUGCUGACAUCACCAAAAAAUCUCUUGCAGAGAGAAUGAGAACCGCCCCAUUCACUGUUUCUAUUGAUGGUAGCAAUGAUGAUACCAGUAAGCAGUUUCCACUAGUUGUAAGAACUGUGGAUCCGGAGUCGAUGACUGUAGACUCAGAACUGCUUUCCAUACCAGUCUGCACAGAAUCUGCUACAGGGAGAAACAUUUUUGGACUUAUGGACAAGGAGUUGAAGGCCAGAAAUAUACCUUGGGAGAACUGUUUGUCUUUGGGCUGCGAUAAUGCCAGUGUGAUGACUGGUCACAAGAAAGGUGUGUUUGCCUUUGUUAAGGAACAGCAGCCACAAGUGUAUCUUUCUGGUUGUCCUCUACACCUAGUUCAUAUAGCAGCAAGGAAGGCAGCAGAAGCCCUCUCGGCCAUUGAUGAGGUAUUGGUUGACAUAUACUACUACUUCAACAAAAGUGACAAGAGAAAAUCGGAGUUCAGGGGCACACAAUCACUCUAUGAUGUUGACCAGAAGAAGAUGUUGAAGCAUGUUUGCACAAGAUGGCUCAGCAUUGGAAGGUGCAUUGAGAGGCUUCUUCAAAACUGGGACCCACUGAAGGUUUACUUUAAGACACAGAAAGAGUUGCACGACUCCAAGAAGGGGUCCAAAACUAGUGUGGAGAAGAGCUCUCAGGUCUGCAAACCUUCAAGUGAUAAGACAAUACAGGCUGCUGAGAAACCAGGAAAAUCACAGUUAGGAAAGGAAGAUACUACAAAGAAGAGCCAGACUGUUAAGAAACCAAGUAGCACAUGUAUAAAUAAGACACAUGACAGCAAAAAAGAUGACAGUAUGAAGGUAUCUGUUGGUGGCUAUAUGGAACAAUCAUAUGCUGAAAAGAAAGUUGAAGUGAUAUUUGAUUUCAUUCGCUCACCUACCAACAAGAGAUACACAAUUAAAGUAUUUGAUGAGACUCUGACCUGUCUUCAAGCAGAAGAUCCAAGAAUUCACACCCUCCGGCGAUCUCUCCACCGUCUUCUGAUGAACAUUCUGGUUCGCUUUGUUGAACCUAGUGCUAUAACAGGGAAAGCUGCAGAUGAAGAUGACUACCAUUCCAGGUACAAUUUAAAGUACAAUGAAACCAUAGUUAUAGGUGAGGAGGCCAAGCAGUUCAUUGCAAACAAAAGAGAGAAUCACUUACGAGACAGUCGAAUUGAAGUGUUCUACACCAAUGUAAAGUGUUAUUUCACAAAUGCUUGUAACUACAUAAAAGCAAAACUUCCAAACAAUGAGCCUUUGUUGAAGUAUGCAGAAGUUGUGGAUAUCUCUCUAAAAGAAACAGCCAAUCAGUGUGCUUUGAUGUACUUCAUAGACAGAUUUCCCUGCUUGGGUGCAGGAGUAAGGAAAGAUGUUCUGAUUGAACAGUUUACUCUUUACCAGAGUUACAAUGUUGAAGCAUGUGUGAAGGACACUCAGAGGAUUGAUGAAACUUGGAGGGAGAUGGGAAAAAUCAAGGAUGAAAAUGACAAUGCUUUGUUCACAGAACUGUCCAAAGUGAUGCUGGGAAUUAUCACCAUACCUCACAGUAGUGCACACUGUGAACGUGUCUUUUCAACAGUAAGAAAAAACAGAACUGACCAGAGAAGUUCAUUGAACGACAAAACUUUAGAGUCCCUUCUUGUGCUUAAAGGACGGGCAGGGAAGCCUGACAAUAGGCACCAUGAUCGAGACAUACUUAAAAGACUGAAAGGGGCCUACUACAGAUCAUUGAAAGAAUAAUUUUGUUGUUUGAAUAUGUUCAGGGUUUAAUGCAAGACUUUUAUACCUCUAUAUGAAAAUCAUAAAUAGUUUUCACAGGUCUGCAUACAGCUCUGAAUUUGGAGAAGUAGUUAUCUUAGCAGAGAUACACUCAUCAUGGGCAAAGAUUUUUACUGUAUGUCUUUGAAAUAUUUGAUUGGUUGUUUUAAUAUUUCAAGGAUUGCAUGCAAGACUGUGAUAACUCUAUGUGAUUUUCAUAAAUAGUUCACAGCCUUGCAUGCAACUCUCUUUUUCAAUUUAGGUUCUCAAAGAGUACAUGUUUAUGAAAUACCAAUUUGAAUGGGGUUGUUUGAAAAAUAGGGAGUCAUCAUGGUAGGUGCAUGCUAAGUUCCACCUUGGCACAAUAGCAGAAACACUUUUAUAAAGGGACUACUACAGGUGUUUGAAAAGAGUUGAGACCAUGUUGUUUUGGGUUUUUUUUAUAUUUGAAACAAGCAUUAACCAAAGGUUCUUUUAGAUUAAGUUCAGACUUAGUUUGUUAUACCUGUUGAAAUUCCUGUCUUAGAAUAAAGGCAAUUAUA